AAGAUAUUUUAAUUAUUUGGUCUCUCCAAACUUCCCCUUUAUAUAUUCCCCCCAAACCUUCUCCAAAUUUGUCUCCUAUUUUUUCUCACCAAAAAAAACCACACAUUACCAGCCAAAUGCAAUUACCAGCCAUUUUCUUCAGAGUUCUCUUCAUUUACAAUCUCUUUAACACAUUUCUCCUCUCCUUAAUCCCCAAAAAACUCACCUCCUUUCUUAAACACCCCCACGCGCUGUCACCGGCGCGUCAACACCACUCUCCGGUCACCAUUAAAAGAAUGGACACAAACGAACUCAAACGAAUAUUCCAAAUAUUCGACCGUAACAACGACGGGCGUAUAACAAAAAAGGAAUUAAACGAUUCGUUAGAGAACAUGGGUAUAUUCAUACCCGACCCGGAAUUGACCCAAAUGAUCGUUAAUAUCGACGUUAAUGGUGACGGUUGUGUUGAUAUAGAUGAGUUUGGUUCACUUUACCAGACAAUUAUGGAUGAACGUGAUGAAGAAGAUGAUAUGAGAGAAGCGUUUAAUGUGUUUGAUCAAAAUGGUGAUGGGUUUAUUAGUGUUGAUGAAUUGAAAUCUGUGUUAGCAUCAUUAGGAUUAAAACAAGGAAGGACGGUUGAGGAUUGUAAACAAAUGAUUAAGAAAGUGGAUAUUGAUGGAGAUGGAAUGGUUAAUUUUGCAGAGUUUAAACAGAUGAUGAGAGGGGGUGGUUUUGCUGCAUUGAGUUAGGUAUUUUUUUUUUUUUUUGUUAUUUCGUUUUUUCUCACUAUUUUAAAAAUAGAGAAGCAAGAAAAAAUUCCGUUUUAAUUUUUAUUUUGAUAGGUUGUGACAUUGUAAAUAAAUUUGUUGCUGCUAUUAUUUUAUUUUUUCAAGUGUUA